GGCCUGCCUGGGCAUGCUGUGGCUCAGCCAUGGCAAGACCUGUUCUUUGGGAGGGGGUACCGGUAACCUCAGCCCUCUGGCGCCCUUAGUUUAGGCUUUCUGCCUACCCAGCAACUUCUAAUUUGGGUGCGUGGUUGGGAGACGCUCUCAGCUGUCAGCCCUGCCUUUGGGGGCUGGCUCCUUGCUUCUCUCACAGAGUCAUUAAGUGGUGGGGGCGAGGCAGGCCUCUCCCCAUGAGGGGUGCUGCAGGUGAGUGCUCGGCCCUUAUCCUGGCUGGCACCCCGGCUCCCUGCAUGUCUAGAUCCUGGGAGCUUACAGAGGCUGCCCUCCCAGCAGCUCCUCUGGGGGUCCUGGUCCCAGCUGAGUGAGGCCCUUCUUGGCAGGUGGGCAGGAGACCCCUACGGUGCCCUGAGCUGCAGCCCCUGCGGAGCAAUGACGGAGUAUAAGCUCGUGGUAGUGGGUGCAGGAGGCGUGGGGAAAAGUGCCCUGACCAUCCAGCUGAUCCAGAACCACUUUGUGGACGAGUAUGACCCCACCAUAGAGGACUCAUACCGGAAGCAGGUGGUCAUCGACGGGGAGACAUGCCUCCUGGACAUCUUGGACACAGCAGGCCAGGAAGAGUACAGCGCCAUGCGGGACCAGUACAUGCGCACCGGCGAGGGCUUCCUCUGCGUGUUUGCCAUCAACAACACCAAGUCCUUCGAGGACAUCCACCAGUACAGGGAGCAGAUCAAGCGGGUAAAGGACUCGGACGACGUGCCCAUGGUACUGGUGGGGAACAAGUGUGACCUAGCCGCCCGCACCGUGGAGUCUCGGCAGGCUCAGGACCUCGCCCGCAGCUAUGGCAUCCCCUACAUAGAGACCUCAGCCAAGACCCGGCAGGGCAGCCGCUCUGGCUCUGGCUCCAGCUCCGGGACACUCUGGGACCCCCCGGGACCCAUGUGACCCAGCGGCCCCUCGUGCUGGUGUGGAGGAUGCCUUCUACACGCUGGUGCGUGAGAUCCGGCAGCACAAGCUGCGGAAGCUGAACCCGCCCGAUGAGAGCGGCCCGGGCUGUCUGAGCUGCAAGUGUGUGCUCUCCUGACACAGG